AUGAUGUCUAACGGUAGAGUUUACGAUCCUAUACACGACGUGUUCCAAGUGCAAAAUGAAAAUGAUUUGGGUUCUUUAGUUCUCAGCAAAAAUGCAGUGUUAUCACAGGACACAUAUACACAAGAAGAUGGUACUAUAGGAAGAGAAAUGGACCAUGAUGAUGAGUCUACUCAAUCUGAUGAAGCUAGACAAUUGGUUGAUUACCAUAGAAAUGGUUCUCUGAAGCAGAAUCAUAUGACACCAACGAAGAAGAAGGGUAAGGAACCAAGUCGGUAUACUAGGCAUUUAAAAAAACAAGACGGGGAACAAUUUACAAGGAAAGAUAUACAGUAUGCAUUCCUAUAUGAGUUGUUAUCUGAUAAACGUCAAAUUUUUGAAAAUAUCUUUCGCAGUACCUUUUCCAUUACGGCGCAGGAGUCGGAUGACGCAGAUACGCUGAACGUUACAGAUGUGAACUACAAUGCACGCUUUUUUAUUGCUAACAAAAAGUUGACGUUUUCGCAGUUAUACGUUUUAACGAUAGCGUCUUCUAAAAAGUGUUCUAAGAUAUUGCGUGAUAAAUUGCUGUUUGAUCACCAGGUGGCAUUUUCAACAUGCGUCCUUUCUUUGCUUGUUAAUUUCGGGCGUUUGAAUACAACAGUUAAUUUCUUCCCUGAGAUGACAUCGCAAUUAAGAACAUUCCAUUCGAUACCGUGCUUACAGCAUCAAAGACGAGAUCCGAAGUCGCUGCAAGAUACACCGAGAAUUAAAUCCAUUUUGAAAACAAUACCGCUUGGACAGGAACCGUUGAAGUUAUCCACGUGGUAUUCUUCUACGGACCGUAAAUUCAGACCCAAUAUAGUGAACUUGCUGUUCACCAUAUGCGACAAUCCACAGAUCGUAAAUGUUCAUUUCGUGCUUCCUUACAUUGAUGCAGAUACAACUUUAUUUGAAAUAUUUGAUUCCCCAAAGUAUCAACCAAAGGAUAGAGCUUCUUUUUUCCUCUGGCUGGCUUACAUUCAUCUAGAGACUUCGCUGACGCCUGAAGAUAUUCAGCCCGCACUUAAGUUAUUUGGAAUAGAUGACAAAUUCCCUAUGAGACUGGCAACUCAGGAAUACGACAUUGACACUGAAGCGGAGCUAAUAUUUGGCAGCCACCAGAACCAAAGAAGACUACGGUUUUUAAAGAAACACCCUAGAAAGGCACUUUCGGAUACUCAAGGGGGGAGCGAUCAGAAUUUAAAAGAUGAAAAUCUGGGCGAUAUGGCUUUUGAUUCUGGUCCAACGAAUAGUGAAGAAGCUAAUGAUGAAACUUAUGAUGUUCUGAAACCACCUGCAAAACCUGCUCCAAAGCAAGCAAAGAUGAGACCCCGCACAAGAGUGAAAGUUGUGCACCAAGAGUCCUCACAGGAUUUACUGAAACCAGCAAUUGCUGAAUCUACUCCUGCUGAAGCUUCCCAGCAAGAGGAAGAUUUCAGUAGUUGGGCUCAAACUGUAGAUGAGAUGAUAGAGGCCGAUUCAAAUUAUCAGGUAGCCCCAGAUUUAACUCAUUCCGAAGCUCAGGCAUUACUUCUAAGAGCCCAUAAAGUUGCAAGGAAAAAGAGACAAGAAUUAGGAUUGAUCAAAGCCUUCGAUGAAUAUGAGGAUAUAGCACUGGCCACUGUGAUAGGCGUUCGUGGUAAGAAAAGGAAGAAGUUUAGUGAUGGAGUUCUAGGAUAUGAAACGGACUAUAUGAACUACAUGCAUACUGCCAAAAAGAUAUUUCUUAAGAGCCUAGAUCAGCCGUUACCCGAGCAGCAUUUUAACUUGUAG